CAAGAUUCAGUGGCAGCUAAGGAAGACACGCAACAGCAGGUAAAAACUAUUUUUGCAGAAACAUGACUGACCAUCUCGACGUGACUUUGACUUUGGCUGGCGUCGGGCGUAGCAUCGCAGUCCAUAACGGACGCGGCUGGUGUCGGCAAUGAGCGCGGACGAGGAUGCACGUUGGCUGGAGUGGGUGACCAAGCAGUUUGAGAACAUCGCCGGGGACGACAAGGAGAUCGACCUGGAUGAGUUCAAGACGGCUCUCAAAGUCAAAGAGUCCUUCUUCGCCGAGCGCUUCUUCGCGCUAUUCGACUCGGACGGUAGCAGUUCCAUCAGCCUGGAUGAGCUUCUGGAGGCGCUGGACCUUCUCAUCCACGGUAGCGAGACGGACAAGCUUAGGUUCCUCUUCCAGGUCUACGAUGUGGAUGGUGAGUGGCACCACCGAAACCAAAUGGGCCAACGAGAGCGACGUGAACCCGUUGUUACGUCAUCUGCGACCUUCCACGCAGGGAGCGGUUCUAUCGAUCCGGACGAGCUGCGCACGGUUCUGAAGUCGUGCCUGCGCGAGAGCGCCAUCUCUCUGCCGGAGGAGAAACUAGAUGACCUGACGCUGGCACUGUUUGAGUCGGCCGACAAGGACCGCAGCGGCGCCAUCACCUUUGAGGAGCUCAAAGCAGAACUGGAAGACUUCCCAGAGGUGAUGGAGAACCUGACCAUCAGCGCGGCAAACUGGCUCAAACCUCCGGAAGCGGAGCAGAAGAAGCAUCAGACCCCUCGCUACCUGACGCGGGCGUAUUGGCAAAACAACAGUCGCAAGCUCCUGUUCCUGUGCGGCUACGCUUGCCUCAGCCUGGCGCUCUUCGUCGGCGCCGUCCUGCAGCAUCGCCACGGGAGCGCCUGCUACAUGCUGGCCAAAGGAUGCGGACAAUGCCUCAACUUCAACUGCACCUUUGUCAUGGUCUUGAUGCUGCGCCGCUGUCUCACGUGGUUGCGGGCCACCUGGGUGGUCCGGGUUCUGCCGUUGGACCAGAACAUUCUCUUGCAUCAGAUUGUGGGUUACGCCAUCGUCGGAUACACGCUCGUGCACACCACCGCCCACAUCUUCAAUUUUGCUCAGCUCUCCCAGCAUAGCGGCUUCAGCGUGUGGGAGUACCUGCUGACCACGCGGCCCGGCAUCGGCUGGGUGAAGGGCACGGCCUCUGUGACGGGCGUCGUCCUUCAGGUGGUCAUCUGCCUCAUGGGGCUCUGCUCCAGCACCUUUGUUCGACGCAGUGGACAUUUUGAAGUGUUCUACUGGUCUCACUUGUCCUACGUGUGGGUGUGGUCACUGCUUAUGAUCCAUUGCGCCAACUUCUGGAAGUGGUUUGUCGUUCCGGGUCUGCUCUUCCUGCUGGAGAAGAUCAUCGGAAUCGCCGUGUCCCGUAUGGGAGGUCUGUACAUCGUGGAGGUCAACCUGCUGCCGUCCAAGGUGACUCAUCUGGUCAUCAAGCGUCCACAGUUCUUCCAAUUCAAGCCGGGAGAUUACGUGUACAUCAACAUUCCGGUCAUCGCCAAGUACGAGUGGCACCCGUUCACCAUCAGCAGCGCUCCGGAGCAAGCUGACAAUCUGUGGCUGCACAUCCGCUCCAUGGGCCAGUGGACCAAUCGUCUGUACGAGUAUUUCCGCCAGCCGCAGACUCCGGCGCCGAGUCCCAGGAGGCUGGCGGCGAGCCUGCGGAGCAGACAGAUGAUGAAGACUCAGGAGGAGUCGUUCAGCUCGGCGCACGCCGACGCUGCGGUGGCGUCCAACGAGGACAAUGCAGUGGAACUGAUCAUGUACCGUCACAACGGCUCCCGGAGCGGCGCCGCCUCCCCCGCCGCCGCCAUCUCGCUGCCUCUUCCCGUCCCUCCGGACGAUCCGGGCCCAGCGGAGAGAGGCGAGGCCCCGCCCCCGAGAGAAGUGGAUCAAGUUUCUGCCAAGUUUGGCGAGAAUCACCGCUUCUGCAACAUCAAGUGCUACGUGGACGGACCCUACGGCACGCCUACCAGACAGAUCUUUACAUCCGAGCACGCCGUUCUGAUCGGGGCGGGCAUCGGCAUCACGCCUUUCGCAUCAAUCCUGCAGAGCAUCAUGUACAGGUACCGGCGCAGGAAGCAGAAUUGUCCUAACUGCAACUACUCGUGGUGUGAGAACAUUAAGGAUAGUGAAAUGAAGCUUCGCAAAGUUGACUUCAUCUGGAUCAACCGUGACCAGAAGUCCUUCGAGUGGUUUGUCAGCCUCCUGACCAAACUGGAGAUGGACCAGGCCGAUGGGGAGCCCGAAGGUCGCUUCCUGGAGAUGCACAUGUACAUGACGUCAGCCUUGUGCAAGAACGACAUGAAGGCCAUCGGUCUACAGAUGGCGCUGGACCUUCUAGCCAAGAAGGAGAAGAGAGACUCCAUCACGGGCCUGAGGACGAGAACGCAGCCCGGGCGACCCGAAUGGGCCAAGGUGUUCCAGAAAAUUGCCGAGGAGAACAAAGGAAAAGUUCACGUGUUCUACUGCGGUUCUCCAACGUUGGCCAAAGUCAUCAAAGCUCAGUGCGAACACUUUGGCUUCAGCUUCUACAAGGAACACUUCUGAAAUCAGAGAAGACAUGGUGUAAGCAUGUCAACCGGGAAUGCUCAUCUCGAUGGUCUUUCUACGGGCCGUCCUGCUCUGCAAACGGAAGGGAACUUUGUCUCACAAGCUUGAAUAGGACCACUGCACACACCCCCUCCCCCCCACGGGCAUCUUUACACCCCCCUCAAUGGACGACUGCCAACAACAGCGUCAGCUGCUUUUAACAGACGCACACACACAUCCGUUCAAAUCUACGUUGUCUAAGAAUAUAUUAAUAUAUAUUGAUUAGUAUUAUAUUAUUGUAUUAUAUAUUUAGAUGUUAUUUGUAUAUCCGUGGUGUUAGUGAGUCGGCCAAAACGAAGGUAUUUAAAUCUAAAUAGAUUCUUGCAUUAAUAUUUAGAUAUUCCAGAAAUAAAAUGACGACCAAGCGUGGUGGCUUUUUUUUUUUCCCCACAUAACCUCACAUUUGUAAUUUUGACAUCGUGACCUUUUACAAUGUACGUAAGCGCUGUCAGCUAGUCUUCUUUAAUAAUUAUUUCUGUCGAUCAGAAAUAU